AUGAAAAGCCAUCGUCCUACAGGUCACGAACUGGCAGAGAUAAGAGAACGAUCUCUGAAGACUAUUCUGUUUAAAUUAGAUCAUAACUUGACUUCGUAUGCCGAUCUGGUCCAUGAAAAAGUGCUUUUCCUUAAUCUUCUGGAGUGGUUCAAUUUUCCAGUUGUACCAAUGAAAGAGGAAGUACUAAAUUUUGUGAACAAUUUGAUCAAGCAUCCACCUGCUGCCCAGAAAAUGAUUGGAAUUGGUGCAGUGGAAUUCUUCUCUCAGCUUCGCCCCAAUGUGGAUCCAAACUUGCAGGCUAUAAUUGAUGGGAUUGUGGAUGGACUGUUCUUCCUUCCUUCUGGACUUCCUUCUAGUUCGUUAUCAGUAUGUUAUCAAACUCCGUCUCAGCCUUCAGUAGAUCAACCAGUUCUACCUCAAGAGGAAUUAUUCACUGGAUAUUUUUGUCAAGGUAAAAGUCAUCUGCCGCAGUCAGAAAUACCUCCCAAAAGAACAGUUGUGAAAUGCUUGAAAUUUUCCACAUUUCCUUGGCUAACUCUGACUUCAACAGAUAGACAUGUUCUUUCAUCUAAUGAAAGCUCUUUGAGAAGUAACAACCAAAGUUUAAUUUGGAGUACAUGUGAGCUUCUUCAGGAUGUGAUUAUGCAAGAUUUUCCUGCUGAGAUCUUCCUUCAAAGGCCGAAGAUUGUACAGAGCCUUUUGUCUCUGCUAAACCUGGCUUUUGGAGGAGAUGGAAGACAUCGGUUAGCUUUGCAGGCUGUGUCGUGCCUGCAACAGUUGUGCAUUUUCUUGAGAAGCAGACUUAACUUUCACAGAGAUCCAAGUUUUUCUUCCGCUGAGCAAGGCACAGCUUCCCAGAAUUCAUCUAUAUCUUACUGUCUAGAAGCAAGAGGUCCUCCUCGUUCUCAGAAUCCAUCACCUGGAAGUAGUAGCCCUCGGCCAUCUGUGAUUGGACGGACAGUUCAGCGUCCUAGAGGAGAUGGUCAAGAUUGGGAUGCAGCAUCUUCCAGUGGAAACAGUACUCAAGCAAAUGCAAACUCCAGAAUCUCUCUGCAUUCCCCACUUGAUGUAGGACAUAUUGACCUACCAGAUAUUGAAAAUGAGGACACUUUGGAAUUACAGAUGAAGCAGCUUAGCCUUCCUCAGUUCUGUGUUUCCAUCUUGGAAAAUGCAAUACCUCUACUAAGAACAGGAAGUAGGAGGGUAACGAUGGAAGUUCUUGAAUUGCUUGUUGAAGUCAUGUUCCUUAUUGGUGAUGCUAUGUCUGAAAAUGUUUGGGAAGAUGAUAGCCUUUUUGCAUUGGAAUUGAAAGACAAAUUGCUUCUGGUCUUGGGUCUGCUUGGAGAAACUAUAUUAUAUCACAAAACCAAUAUAAGUGCAGAGCAGCCCGAGGUGAUGUUGGUGCAUCACAGAAUGGCAUUUAUUAGCAUUUCACUCUUCACUGUUAGAUUGCUGCAAAUACUUCUCCCUGUAGAAAAGGCAAGUAAAGUUUUACAAAAGAGUUUGCUGAACGCUUUAUUUCUUCUCUCUAUGGACGUGUCCUUCUCCUUGGAAUACCCAAGAAUUCAUGAAUCCAUUGCAGCCUAUCUGGAGCAGAUGAGUACUGAGAACUACAGUAUUUAUAAACAAGCUUCAGAAGCUGCCUAUUCGAUUGAAUGCACUUGUAGCUUUAUGACUGAAGUUCACAAGGAGGGGGACAAGAAUCUUUCUGAAUUAGUAGAAUUGGCAGAUCAGGCCUUGAGUAGUCUACCCUACCAUCAACACUUUCCCUUGCUUCAGGAAUGCAUUCACAUAUGCUCAGAUAUUUGGAAGUCUGAGGCUGGCUCAUUGCUCCAGGCUGAGGGUCAGAAGGUGCUUCUCCGUCUAUUAUCUCAUCCUUUGCUGAAUAUAAAAACUGAAGCCUAUCACUGCUGUUUGGAAGUAGUUAAGGACUGUUUAGGUAUUCAUAAUAUUGCGAAGCCUGUGUCUUCAAUCUGCCACGGAGUAAAUUUUCUUCUUCAUCCAAAAGUUUUAUAUGAAAUCUGUACGUUUGGCCUUCAGGAAGAUAAGAAUGAGGUGAACUCUACAGCCGAGGCCAUUCUGAUGCAUCUAUUGCAGGGACGAUUAGUAAUGACAGUAUUGACUUGGAACAAGUUUAUUGAGGCCCUCUAUCCCAUCAUUCCUGUUUUACAGGGUUAUGCUGACACAAAAGAUACGCUAGGUAACUGUAUCCUCACUUUGAGUGAAACAACUUCUGACAAAGGAGACGGUAUUCUCCCUAGAACUACUAGACUACGUGCCGCUCUGCGUCUUCUCUUCUCAAAAAAGCAGUUGUAAGUAAUACCCUGUAGCAUUUCAGCAUGUCAUCUAAUGUUGAUGACAAAAAUGUCUAUUUUAAAAAAACAAUUGAUUAUUAUGCAGUGGGUUGAUUUGAAAGGUUCGUUCUAUCGCAUUUCAAACUUAUUUAUUAUAGAAAGAGCUAUUGAGCUAAAAUUGGAUGAUAAAACGGAGUCGAUAUUUAAGGCAGAAACUGUUGAAAAGCUGUAUGACAUCUUGACUUCUGAUGCUGUUGACCUAGUUUUACGAAAGUCUGCAGCCGAGCAACUAGCUAUCAUUUUAGAAGAUACCAAAAUGCAUGGCAUUGUGAAAAAGUUAGGUGUGAUAGAAAAGAUUUUGGCUUACCUUAAUGAAUGUAUACAUGUGGAUGGCAAGCUUAUGGAAUCCAUAGUGUUACCAUGUCUAACACUCUUACGCAAACUUGUAUAUGCUGAUCCAGUUGUUCGUCUGUCCCUAGCACAGCAAUCAUCUUUACUGCUGUUGCUAUUCCGAGUUUCCCUGAUAUUCCAAAAUGAUCGUGCUGUUUUAAAUAAAACUACAGUAUUGCUUUGUCUUCUGUUGUUUGAUGAAGUAGUAACAACAGAAACGUGGGCUGAUGGCAUAACCAGUAAUGUUACUAGCCUACCUGCCUUCAGUUUACCUGUUGCUGUUGUUAGAAGGUAUCAUCUCCCAGUCAGAAUCACUGCUCAUCAUGUAGUUAGCCCUAAUACUGUUGUGGUGCCAUUGUCUUCUGAGUGUUUGACUAUGAAACCUGUGUCAGAUAUGCUUAAGAUGGCUUGGAAUCUGUCGUGGUACCAUGGGAUUGAAAACCUAUUGCAACCAAUAAAUUAUGAGAAGGAAGCAGAAACAUUUUUAGACUCGCUAAAACUAUCCUCAGAAGACAUUCUUAUACUCAAAAUAACUCACACAAACUAUGGACUGCAGGAUUGUCUUAAUUCAAUCAUUCAGGCAGUAUCCCACAGGGAUGUUAGGGCUGCUCUCACUAGGCUUAGUUUUUACGUUCUGAAUGACAGACUUGGAUUAAAAUGCAGUUCUGGGUCUUGUGGAACCACUUUGAAAAGCUUUGUUUGGCAAAAAGCAAUAAACAGGUUUCUGCAAGUGCUUCCAGCUUCUGUGGAGGAUGAGAAGCUUUUGGUAGAUGUCUUAAGAUUUUUAAACAAAUUGCUUAGAGAGCAGAGAUCAAGUUUGGAGUCAGACGAUCUGAAGUGGAUUCUGAAAUCAUUGCUUAAAAAUAAGCCAAAAUCCCUUUUGGGCCUCCUGGUGCGACCAGAAUUGCAAGGGCGGGAUGAAAUAGAUGAAAUACAGACUGCUGUCAGGCAGCAACUGGAUAAAGAACUCAUUCGUCUUUUUAACACAUUGUUAUUUUGUUCCAUGUCACUGACUGACAGAGAGGGCUUGGAACUUGCUGGCUCUUUCAGAACCGAGCUGGCUCUGAAGCUGCUACAAUGCUUAAGGCUAACAGAUGCACCACAUUUUUACGGACUUCCUUCACUGGAGAGAACAUUACGAGGAAUGGUUCAUGUUACUGCACUUCCAGACUGGAGUACCUAUUCUGCUGCAGUUGAACCUGUCACAAUUUGUAAGAAAUAUUUAACAGGUCUUCUUGAGGUCAUCUCAUCGUUUUAUGUUGAAUGGGGAGGAAACGCUAUGUCCUUCAUGGGAAAAGGUGUUACGAAAAGCACAGUUCUUUGCUUGCUUCACUUAUCUCAUGAAAUGAUGUCUCAAGCCAAGGAUACGGACUGGAUAUCUCUUUGGUCUUUGCCUUAUGGUAACAGUGAAGAACAAGUUCUUUCUCAGCUAGGUCUGGCGUGGCUGGUUCCUUUAUGGGUAGAUCGAGACCCUGAGGUCAGAUUUACAGCACUUGGAAUAGGAUCUGCUCUUACGUCUCUUGAAAUAGGAUGUAUUGCUUUAGCAGAAAGUUGCCAGAACAUUUCAGGAGGGCUGUGGGGAACAGUGAUAAACAUCCUUCUGGACCAAUCUGAAUGUAGCAUGGUACGCAGGGAGGCUGCUUUUAUUCUACAAAAUCUCCUUGUGAUUCCAAUUCCUACGGAAGAGGUGAAAGAUUGUAUUUGGCAAGGUCCCUGUGUACAUGAUGAAGAAUCUGGCCUCUCUCAGACAGGAAAACCUGCACUUAAGGCCCUUUUGUAUCACUGCCAAUUCUAUGAGCAUGUGAAUCAGAUGGUGAAACAUUGUUACCUAGGAUGUUAUAUGUUUGAUUUGAAUUCUUCCAAGGAAGACAACCUCAUCAUAGAAAAAGGUGGUAUAACUGAUUUUGAUGAUUCUCUUAAUCUUUGGAAGGCUCCAUCCAGUCAAAGCCAAUCUUCACAUUCUCAGUCAACAUCUGAAACUAUGAUUCGGUCUGCAUCACCAUCACUGGAGAGUGUUACUGAGCUUCAGGCAAUAGUCCCAACAAGUUCAAGCCAUUUUAUUCCUGAAACUGUAGUUGAUCGGCUUAUGGCACAAGGUCACAGUGAUACAACCACAACAGAAUCUCCAAGUCAACAUGAUUCUCCCAUGUCUGCUACUCUGUCUAAACAGCAUGCUGUCAUCACGCCUGCCCUUUUGUCAGCUGUUUGCAGCCUUCUGCACAAUCUGCUGGUUGUCACACCAAAAGAUACUGGAAUUGCUCUUCGGCAAGCGCAUUUGCUAACAGCUCUCAGCAGUCUUGUAAGUGCUAAUCUGGUUGAGAGAUGUAUCUUUGAACUGAAAGCUCCAUUGGGUCAUCCAUGUCAUAUAGAACAUGUAAAAGCUCAGGUGUUAUUACUACUUCAGUACUUGUCAUCUGUGUCCAGGCUUCUGAAAUCAUGUUUAUUGGUGGACUCUCAGCUUGUAAUCCAGGAUGAACUGUUGAAACCCGUCUUGGGAAAUAUCUUCACGAUUCUCGCCAUUCGCUCCAAAGAUGGGUUAGAUACUGAGUUAACGUCUGUACUUCAUGAAACAUGGGUAGACUUUUUCAACCUUCUAGCUACAUUAUUGUGGAAGAAUGGCCAAAUAUCUUUUCCAUCUGUGACAGCAGCCCUUGCAAAUCAUUGUACAGCAAUACUUGAUACCAUUUGUGAUUGUAUUCAUCUGUCAACCACAUAUCCUGCUUUAUAUAUGGCUAGUUUACAGUUCCUCUCUGUCCUUUUGAAUGAGGAAGGAAGAAGACAGCUCCAAGACAAACAGAGUAUAUGUCAGAAUCCAACUAUUAGCUUUCUUCUGGAUCACGUUGAAGGAUGCCAGGCAUCAAUAACUCAACUUACUGCAUUAAUUAUUCAGGUCUGUGAAAGAAAAUCUUCAAAGGAUGUGCUGAAAGAAGUUGCUACAAAUGCAUUGCUAUCUCUGUUAGCUGUCAGUAAAAAUGCCCAGAAAUGUGCUUUGGAAGUUGACCUGAUAGACAGCUGUAUAGAAAACAUGAAACAUAUUCAUGCACAGCUGAAUUUGGAUUCCCUAAAGCCUGGGAAAGCACAGAAAAAAAAGGAGGAUAACCUUAUCAAGCAGUUAAGGUGUUCUAUGCAGCUCCUCAGAAACUGCCUCUUUCAAAAUGAAGAAUGCAAAAUGGCAGCACUCAACGCUUAUCUUGUUCCUGUUCUGCAUUCGCUAUGGCCAUGGUUUUUAAUAGACGACUCCUCAAUGCAAAUAGCUCUUCACUUGCUUUGUGUCUACACUGCAAACUAUCCUGCAGGUUGUGCUUCACUUUGUUGGGCCAGCGGUGGACAAUCAUCACUUCUGUCUGCACGAAGUGCAGCUGGCAAUUCAUUAAUGCAUAACAUCUUGAAAUUGGCUUCCCAAGUGUCAAACGAUAACAGCCCAAUUCAGCAGGCUGUCUUUUGUCUUCUUUCUAACCUUGCUCUGUCUCAUGACUGUAAAGGCAUUAUUCAGAAGAGUAAUUUCCUGCAGAACUUUCUGUCUCUUUCAUUACCAAAAGGAAGUCAUAAAAAUCCUGGCAAUGUGUCUACUCUUUGGCUAAAGCUGCUACUGAACAUAUCUUUUGGGGAAGACGGACAGCAGAUGAUCAUGAAGAUAAAUGGUUUUUUAGACCAGAUCGUGGAAAUGUGUAAAUACAAACACAAGAGCAGCCAACAUCUAGCACUUCUCAUUCUACAUAACAUAUGUUUUAGUCCAGCUAAUAAACCAAAGAUAUUAGCUAAUGAUAAAGCAGUUGCAGUACUGUCUGCCUGUUUGGAAAGUGAUAGUUGUGCUGUUCAGAGAAUAGGAGCAGCUUCACUUUGGGCUUUGCUUCACAACUAUCAGAAGGCAAAAGUGACUUUGAAGAAUCCAUCAAUAAGGAGAAGAAUAGAUGAGGCUUAUUCUUCAGUGAAUAAAACUACUCCACAGCCAGAAGAAAAUGAGCUACAUGCCUACUAUUUAAAAUUCUUGGAGAAUAUAGUGAAGCUUCUUGAUUGUUAAUGAUCAUCAAAUGACUUCUCCUGUUGAAAUUGGACAGUUUAUUCAAUGGGAGCCUGAAAUUUAAAGAAAAUACUUCCAAUUCAUGGAUUUGUGGUAGCAGCAUACAUGCUACAGAAGAAAUUUAUGAAGCCUUUGAGGAAGGAGUUCAUCACUUUGAACCAAAGAAAUUGCACUAAAUGUGGUUCAAACUAUUUGUACUGUAAUCCCAAUGGGAAAUUGUAAUGAUGCUACUAUGUAAAGUAUGUACACAGGAGAAGGAAUGUACAGAGGAAAAGGACGUGAAAAAUCAGUAAUUUUCUUAAAUUAUGCAUUGAAAUUGUUACUGUAAAGUAUUAGAAUUGCUGUUUUGGAUUGGUCUUAAUAAAG